AAAAACAGCUUCAGAAUACAAGACUCCUAUUCAACAAAGAAACUGUCCAGCACCUUGAAGAUGCUGUCAAAGCCAUUAAAAAAUUGGAAAAGGAAAGAAAAGAUACAAUUGAAUUGUUGGAAGAAGAGACCAUAAAAAACUGUAAUCUCCGUAUCAAAGUCCAGACUUUCCCAGCAAUUGUUAUGAAAGAAUUUGAAGAACUUGUGGCUGCUGCCCAACGAUUUCAUGUUAACAAGUUAAGAGAAGUAGAAGCUUCUAUGAAUGAAACUAUUGCUGCAGUACAAGAGGUGUACACAAAGCAAAUGUUCUCUGAAGAACAAAAUGAAACACUGUGUAAAGAGCAAGAUCAAACAUGGGCCAAAUAUAAUGAAAUUGUGCAAUUAUUAAACCAACAAAUGGCUAGAAAGCAUUCCAUGAACAUUAAAAUAAAUGAACUUCGUAAUAUGACAAAAAAAGAGGAAGAUGAAAUGGUCAUGGAAAGGAUUGCCAUUGAAAACCUAAAGCAAGUAAUGGCUACAGAAGCCCUUCAGUUUAAAGAAAAGAAAGCCACGUUACAGCUAGAGAUUGAAGAACUUAAGGAAAAACUUCAGAUGAGAAAAAAUGAGGCUAUGGAAAAGAAGAAAGAAUUUGAUGAGUUGCUUAAAAUACUAUGUCGUUUACAAAAGAAAGUUUCAGAUCUUAAUCGGAUUUUUACUAAUUUGAAAAAGGAGUUAGAAGAACUAUUAAAAACCAUCAAAAAUCUAAUACAAGAGCAUGAGAGGAAAAAGCUUGAGAAAGAGGAGCUUAUUAAAAAAAGGAUCCACAGCGCUCAGAAAUGA